CCCAAUAAUAAUUCGCCGCGACGCACACCUUCUUUUUUCAAAAUCUGUUCGCGAGCGCGUGAGCACCGCAAAUAUCUCUCAUCCUCCGCCCUCUCCUCGGUGCCAUUGCCAACAGUUCGCUAACGUGCAAAGAGAGGUGUGUGUGUGGAUAUUGAAUUAAUCGAAGUAUUAGGUGAUUAAGCAUUGAUUAUUCAAUGGCCGCACCACCGGCAAGGGCACGAGCAGAUUACGAUUACCUUAUAAAGCUCCUCUUGAUCGGCGACAGCGGUGUUGGUAAGAGUUGCCUUCUUUUGCGUUUUUCUGAUGGUUCCUUUACCACAAACUUUAUCACCACCAUUGGGAUCGAUUUUAAAAUACGGACCAUUGAGCUCGAAGGGAAACGGAUCAAACUACAAAUCUGGGAUACGGCUGGUCAGGAACGGUUCCGAACAAUCACCACUGCUUACUAUCGUGGAGCCAUGGGUAUAUUGUUGGUUUAUGACGUUACUGAUGAAUCUUCCUUUAACAACAUCACGAACUGGAUUCGUAACAUUGAGCAGCAUGCUUCAGACAAUGUCAACAAAAUACUUGUAGGGAACAAGGCUGACAUGGAUGAAAGCAAGAGGGCUGUCCCUACCUCUAAGGGCCAAGCACUUGCCGAUGAGUAUGGUAUCAAAUUUUUUGAAACUAGUGCAAAAACAAAUCUUAACGUGGAACAAGUUUUCAUGUCAAUAGCAAAGGAUAUAAAGCAAAGGCUUUCAGACACAGACUCCAAAGCGGAGCCUUCAACGAUCAAAAUUAAUCAACCAGACGCAGGAGCUGGAGGUGGUCAACCUGGCCAAAAAUCAGCUUGCUGUGGUUCAUAAAUGGACUGAUCCCUACAAGGAGCAGGUGCACUCUUUGAUCUCUAAACCACCGAGAAGAGCAAGCAAAUGCUAAUUUUGAAGGAAAUAUUUUUCGGGCUUGUAAUAUUUUUAUUGUUCAUUCUUUUGAAACUUGUGUUAAGAGUGUGAAGGAUAGGUUGAUUACCAUUUGAGAAGUCAAAAUUGUUACCAACACAGUUCCUGUUUCAUUUUCUACUUCAUUAGCUCAAGGAUGUGAAUGUGAUAACUGAUAACCUAACAUUUUUCUCAAGUUUACAUGUAAGAAAUACUACUUCUAUAAUGGAUAUAUGCAACUUCUUUUGUUGGCAGA